UUUCGUCCCACCUCAUUUCCUCCGUUGCCUUGCAUCUUGAGUAUUUUCCCCCAAAUUCUGUAUAUUUGAUACGUUUUACUAUUGUAUUUUCCCCCAUAUCGAACUCAAACAUUACCAUGGUAAAUGUUUGAGUUCGAUAUGAGAUUUUGGAUCUUCUUCGAUCUCAUUGGAUUCCAACAAGAAAUUGAAAAGUCUCCGCAAAUAAAUUUCAAUGCCUUAAGUCGAUCUUCUCCAUCAUCAACCAUCUCUUUCUUUGGCAGCCACUGCAAUAUCUUCUCUCCCUCAUGAGAUUAAAGAUUCUCCCCCACUCGCCGUUGAAUUGAAAUAUACCGAAUAAGAACUCCACAAGCUAUAGCUGAUGUCUCAUUCGAACACCGCUAACAACUUCUUCACCCUUACCAUAACGUCCAUGGUCAUGGCUUCCCACAAAAUUUUGUUGCUCUUGCUUAUCAGCUUCCUCUUUUCUCCUACAACUGAGGCACAGGUCACUUAUCUUUACCACAACUGCUCUUCCAACAAAACCUUCACUGUCAAUAGUGCUUUUCAAUCGGACCGAACCAAACUCCUCUCUUCCUUAGCUUCUGCCAACACUGACUUCUCCAACGCCACCGUCAACGGUGGCGGCGACACCGUCUAUGGCCUCUUCAUGUGCCGGGGUGACGUCAACCUCUCGAUAUGCCACCAAUGCGUCGUGAACGCCACCCAACGAUUAUCUUCCGAGUGCAGAGUUUCGAAGGAGGCAAUCAUCUGGUACGACGAGUGCAUGGUUCGCUAUUCGAACCGUUCCUUCUUCGCCACCGUAGACACAAGGCCUAGACUCGGCCUCUUGAACACCGGCAAUGCCACCCGGCCCAGCUUCUUACAGUUAUUGUGGGACACGCUUAACUUUACGGCAGACGAUGCAGCCAACGACGCUAAGAAAUAUGCCACAAGGCAAGCAAGCAUAUCUGGGUACGGAACUAUGUAUUCUCUACUUCAGUGCACGCCUGACCUAUCAUCCCAAGAUUGCAGAAAAUGUCUGAGUGCUGUGAUUGGAGACCUUUCAUGGUGCUGUGUGGGAAAACAAGGAGGAAGAGUUCUAUAUCCCAGCUGCAACGUUCGCUAUGAGUUCUAUCCUUUCUAUAAUAACUCUGAUGAUCAGCCAGAAGCGACGACUCCUACACCGCCUGCCACUAUUGUGAUAGUUGUGGUUUCUUUUGUUGGUGGUCUGGGGAUAUUUUUUUGUGUCGCCUACUAUCUCUCAAAGAGUCUAAUCAAGAAGAGACGCAGCGCUCUUCUCAGACAAAAAUACUUUGGAAAUGAAGGCAAUAAUUUAGAGCCUCUACAAUUUAGUUUGGCCACUAUUGAAGCUGCAACAAAUAAGUUUUCGCAUGAAAAAUGUUUAGGCCAAGGUGGAUUUGGACAAGUUUACAAGGGUGUUCUUUCAAAUGGUCAAGAAAUAGCUGUCAAGAGACUUUCAAAAAAUUCUUGUCAAGGUGGAGAAGAAUUCAAGAAUGAGGUUUUAUUGAUUGCCAAACUUCAACACAGAAAUUUGGUGGCCUUGCUUGGAUUUUGCAUAGAAGAACAAGAGAAAAUCCUCGUUUAUGAAUAUGUUCCGAACAAAAGCCUCGACUACUUUCUAUUUGGUUCCCAAAAAGGCAAAGUAUUAAAUUGGGUUGAGCGUUGUAAAAUCAUUGGAGGAGUUGCUCGAGGAAUUCUUUAUCUUCAUGAAUAUUCUCGUCUCAAAAUUAUACAUCGUGAUCUCAAACCAAGCAAUAUUUUAUUAGAUGAUGAAUUGAAUCCAAAAAUCUCAGAUUUUGGAUUAGCUAAAAUGGUUGCUAUCAACACAAAUGAAGGAAGUACAAAUAGAAUAGUUGGGACAUAUGGCUAUAUGUCUCCAGAAUAUGCAAUGUACGGACAAUAUUCUGAAAAAUCAGAUGUUUUUAGUUUUGGAGUUAUAAUGUUAGAGAUUAUCAGUGGAAAGAAGAAUACAAGUCGUCAUAGCCAAUCACAGCAUGCUGAUGGCCUAUUGAGCUGUGCCUGGAAGCAAUGGAAGGAGGAAAAGUUGCUGGAGAUAUUAGAUUCGAAUAUAAAAGAAUUUGGGUCAUAUAAUGAAGUGAUCAAGUGCAUCCAGAUUGGCUUGUUAUGUGUUCAAGAAGAUCCAGAUACAAGACCCACAAUGGCUGCGGUUGUUUCCUAUCUUAGUAAUGAUUCCAUUCAGCUCCCAUUGCCAGAGGAACCUGCAUUCUUUCUAGACGUUAGAAUUGGGCCCAGUACCAGUGGAAGUAAGGAAUCAGGCUCGACCAUUGAAGUGUCUAUGAGUGAAUUCUUUCCUCGUUAAUUAGGACCAUGCUUUCAUUUCUUCUCUUUCUUCAACACUCUACAAGAGACGAGCAUUCUUAUUUUACGCACAAAAAUUGAGAUUUACAAUUUAUACUGUAUGUACGCUUAUCCAUACUAUUCCAUCGUAAUUAUUUAAAGGGACAAGUGAUAUUUUCCAUGCAUGACGUUAGUUUUUAUAAUGUUAUUCUAAUCAUUUUUUA